AUGGAGCCUCGCAAAUUAUGCCAGUUGCAGUUGAAUCAAUUCCGUUCGCAGAAGCAGUACGAUGAGCAAAUGCUCAAGCACAACGAGUUGGCGGACGAAGCGCUCGUCAGAGAAAAGAAGCUAAACGCGACGGAAAAUGAGCUCAAAGAAGCCACGGCGAAUCAUGACAACUUGAUGAAGGAUGUUCAGAAGCAAUUUGAAGAAGCAACAAGCGUGAUCAAACAGGCCGACGAAGAGCUAGAAAUCCAAGAAAGCCUGAAAAAGAUCGACCUCCACGAGAAAGAAAAUCUCUAUCAGAACAUCCUCGCCGAAAAGCACUCCAAACUUAUUCAUUUCAAAAAGAAACUUGAUCCACUGAAACUUCUCAUCGGCAAGAAAAACGAAGAGCUUUCCCGCCAAGCUGAAAGAAACGACAAUCUUUUCAGCGAGUUUGAGCGCGAGCUAAAAGCUAAGAAUACCAAACUCGCUCAGGUUCACGAAUCGGUCCAAGACGUAAUCAAAGAUCGCGAGCAAGUCGAAGCGCACAUCAAUGACAAAAUCGAGGAGAAAGAAAAUGCUGCUAAAUCAAUUUCCACCAUCAAAUCCAACCUUGAAACAGUCCUGGAAGAGCAGUCAAAAGCCCAAGAUGAAGAGCUCGUCGGACACCAAGAAACCCUCAAAGGCGAAAAAGAGAAAAUAUCUGCGAUGGAAGCAGAUAUCAAAAAUAUUCAAUACGCGAUGGAAGUAGCCCACAGCGCUGCAGUCGCAGAGGAAGAACGAUUGAAGGAGAGCCACGAGAAGGUUCUCGCUGAAAAGGAACUCUUCAUUGCUGUCAUCGAAGACGAAAAUAAAGAAAAAGAAGAGGCGAUCGAGGAAAAAGACCACAUCAUCGAGCAAAUCAUGGCGAAAAUCACAAAUCAAGUAGAAGAAAAAGUCCAGGAGGAAUUCGGAAUCAAAGAACGCCAAGAAAAACUCGAAGAACUAAACGCAGAGAAAGAAGUUAUCAACGAGAAAAUUAACACCUUGGAAACGGAAAUAAAAGAGACGCAGCGAAAGGAACAUAUUCUCUCUCAACAACGCAACCAAAUUAAGGAAGACAUCAAAGCCGUGAACAACGAAAUCUUCGCAAUCGAAGGCAAACACCGCCCAUUGAAAGCAAAACUGAACGAGAUGGAAGAAGUCCUCGAAGUUCACCAAAACGACCCAAUCUUCGACGAUCUCGCUGCGAAAGUCAAAGAGCUCGCCAAACGCGAAGUAGAAAUUCGAAAGAUUCGAGAAAAGAUCAAGAACUUUCGCCGAGACGCGGCAGCGAUGGAGAUCAAGCUCGUCAAUGCUUCGAAAGAAGAUCAUCAGCUCAUCGAAGAAAAGGAAAAAUCUGAUCGAAAGUUGGAAGAGCUCAGACAGAAAAAGAAAAAUCUACUCUUGGAGAAAAAGAACAAGGAGGACGAACUCGAGGAGAGCAGACUUCAUCUUCAAACAACGGUGAUGAAAACUGUCAACGUCAGAACUGAGGAGCUAAAAAUCAAGGAAGAGAUUUCAAAUUUGGAGGCGCAGCUUGCUGAAUUUAUGGGCAGAGGAAUCAGCGAAGAAAAACUAGCGGAAAAACGGCUUCUUCUCGCCGAUGAAGCUCAAAAACUGAGAGAGCUUGAGGAAGAAGUCGACGAAUUAGAGUGCGAAAAAGAGUUUCAGAGUUCGGAAUUCGAUCAACUUGUCAAGGAAGAAGAAGAACUCAAAGGCGAAAAAGUCAGAUUAACGGAAAAGCUCGCGUCAAUGAAAGAAAAUAUCGAAAAGAAGGAAAAGCGACGAGCGUCCGUCCUCAAGCUCAAAGGAGAGCAAGAAUCAAAGCAAGAAACACUGAAAAAACUCCAAGAAAAGAAGGCAGAUCUUGAAAAGAAAAUCAAAAAGCAACGCGAAGAUCGAGAAAAGUCCCUUGAUGAUUUGAGCGUCGGCUUCAAUAAGCGAAAACAAGAGCUAGAGAAACGCGAUUCAGAGCUCUCGCAAAAGGUGAAAGACGAACUCGCUCCUCCAGAAGAAGAUAGCGCUGCAACGCCGGAACAGCUUCUUGCUUACAUGGAGGCUGAUGUCGCUGAAACAGGGCUUUAUCUCAAAUCUUUGAAAGAAGAUAUUGCUCACGCCAAAGAGUACAUCAAGGAGCACAAGCAGCAGGAAGAGGCGAACAUAGAAGAACUCAACGAAACUCUUGUCAGAAGAACCAAAGCAAAGAAAAACUACGACGAGAGGAAAAAGAAGGAGAUGGAAAAGAAGAAAGAAAAAGAGAUGGAAAAGAAAGAAAAGGGAGAAAAGAAAAAGAAGAAAACAGUUUACGCGAACCCGGAUUCUGAUGAAAGUUGGAACGCACCUCCUGAACCAGUGAAGAAACAAAAGCCUUCAAAAAUUCCACGAUUCGUCGAAAGCCCUCCUAAGGCUCAGCUAAUUUCGGAGAAAGUAAAGAAGGCCCCUUCCGUCGCUUCGACCAUGAUUUCCGUCCCUGAGUCUUUCAAGAAGCCAAGGACCUUCCACGAGAAAAUCGACGUCAUGGAAGACGAAUCCUUCGCUCCUUCCGUAGCUGGUUGCUCCAAACUCAUGCAGCCUCCGUCCAGAUCCGGCAGCAACUCACAUCAUAAAAAGCGACCUACGAUCAUCAAAGCAAAAAGAAAGGAAGACACUUUCAGCGAUGAUAUUUUCGAUUUUUAA